CGAACUACUGUUUCUUUCUCUCCCUCCUUUUCCUCCCCACCACCACCUACCUCCCUCUUAUUCCUCGUCGCCUCCCACCAUCCCCAUCUCCUCCCCGUGCAGACCUCCGCUCCGCACCGCCAAAUCCGUCGUAGCCCUACCCUAGCCCAGCCUCGCCUGGCCCCGAUCCUUCCAUGUGCGCCGCCGCCGCCUCCCCGCUUUUGUAGCCGCUGCGGCGGGGAAGAUCCCUCCCAUGGGUUCCGGGUACGCCGCCGAGAGGACGCCGAUCGAGGGAGAAUGAGGUGCUGCGUCUGCCGCGUAUCCUCCGCCGGGUGCCGGGCCAUGGGCGUUGCGGGACGGGCGAACCCGACGUCGUCGCUGCGCAGCCGACGCUGCCUCCGCAUGCGGCCGUCGUACGCCCCGUUCUCCGAGCCCUUCACUGAACGCCCGGCACCCGCCACCUCUUCCUCUCCUGCUGCCGCGCCCAGGGCGUAGCAGCCGCGCGCCGACCGCCGCCUACUCCGGCGAUCUCGCUGGUCCUUCUCUCUCCGCUUCCCCUCUCUCUUGCUCGUAGAUUCAUUUGCUCGUUGGGGCUGAUCCAGAAUGGAGGUGUUUGGUGGUGGGGAUGAGGUGCUCGAUGCUGAAUACGCGGAGGUAGAUCCAACCGGGCGAUACAUGCGCUACAAUGUGAUUCUGGGGAGAGGAGCUUUCAAGACUGUUUACAAGGCAUUUGAUGAGGUUGAAGGCAUAGAGGUUGCAUGGAAUCAGAUCAACAUAGAUGAGGUAAUGCAAUGUCCAGAUAACCUUGAUAGGCUCUACACGGAAGUCCAUCUUCUGAAGUCUCUCAAGCAUGGAAAUGUAAUGAAGUUUUAUUAUUCCUGGAUUGAUGACCAUAAUAAAACAAUUAAUGUCAUCACAGAGCUGUUCACAUCUGGAAGUCUCAGGCAUUACCGUCAGAAACACCCACGUGUUAACUUGAAGGCAAUAAAGAAUUGGGCGAGGCAGAUUCUUCAUGGGUUGGAUUACCUGCAUAGCCACCAACCUCCAAUCAUCCACAGAGACCUGAAGUGUGAUAACAUUUUUGUUAAUGGAAAUCACGGAGAAGUUAAGAUUGGAGAUCUUGGACUAGCCACAGUAAUGCAAACAACUAGAGCGAGGAGUGUUAUUGGCACUCCGGAAUUCAUGGCACCUGAGCUUUAUGAUGAGAGUUAUGACGAACUUGUUGAUAUAUACUCAUUUGGAAUGUGCCUGUUGGAGAUCUUUACUCUUGAAUAUCCAUACAGUGAAUGCACGAAUCCGGCCCAGAUUUUUAAGAAAGUAUCCACAGGUGUUAAACCUGCUGCAUUGGCUAAAAUUGCUGAUCCUCAAGUAAAACAGUUCAUUGAAAAAUGUUUGGUUCGUGCUUCUGAGAGGUCGUCUGCCAAACAACUCCUGCAAGACCCAUUUCUUUGCCCUGAUACUACACAUGGACCUGCUAGCACAAAGUUUUCAUCUCCAGCACCCAAAGCAGUAGAUAUUCCUCUAUUGUCUUUGCAAAUGGAUGUUGACACUUGUGAAUCCACCUCUGCUAGUUCAGGCAAGGAGAAUGGUUGUGUUGCUCCACAUACACCAGUCCUGGAGUUCACUAGAACUAACAAAAAUACAGAACUAAAGCUAAAGGGCGAGAAACUUGAUAACAACUCAGUCUCACUGGUUCUGCGAAUUGCUGAUUUGUCUGGUCAUGCAAGGAAUAUCCAUUUUCUCUUCUACCUGGAUUCUGAUACAGCUAUGUCUGUAGCCGCAGAAAUGGUUGAACAAUUGGAGUUAGCAGACUGCGAUGUUACUUUCAUUGCUGAUUUUAUCGACCUUUUGGUAGCGAAUCUUGUUCCUGGUUGGAGGCCAGUAAAUGAUGCAGCACCAAACUUAUACGUAUGUAGGCAGUCUGAAAGUGAGCUUGUAAUCACUUCCCACCAGGAACUAUCAGAGUUGGUCCCUGAUUAUGCACUAGUUGAUGGUAUGAUGCAUCCAAAAGAUGUGAACGUAUCAUCAAAUGGUUAUCUUGAUUCUGUCUCAAGUGCAACCAACCUAGGAGGAUCACAGGGCUCUGAAGGUUCGGUCAUUUCUGUGCAACUUCCUGGGAGUUCCAAAAGUGUGAGCGAUUAUGGAGCAGAGGAUUAUGUUACUAUGGACUGUGGUGGGUACAAAGAGGGAAUCAAUAAGCUAGAGUUCAGCCAUGUUUUGGGUGAUGGGUCGAGGUCGAUUUUCCAUAUAGAUCAAGCAUCACCUUGCUUGGAGUUGGCCAGCAGUGGUUCAUCAAUUUCUAAUGCUGAUAAUCAAGAUGUGCUGAACGGGGAGCUUGUUUUGAUUGAAGCUCAGUACAAACAUUUGGUUGAUGAGUUGACAAGGAUGCGGGAAGAGGCUAUUGAAGGAGCUCGGAAAAAGUGGUUGCCGGAUAAAUAAUGAUUUUAUUUAGGUUUAGCGUUUCAUAUGAACAUAAUCAUGGAUGUUUGGAUUUCAUGUUGGAAAGUUUUUAUGUUACCCAUACAAAUGAGAAACGUUAAUAAUCUCGUUUAGUUGAAGCGUU